UCCAGGGCCACCCCGGGGAGCGAGGCGACUCUGAAAAAACUCUCCACCGGCAUGACUAAUCUCUCACACGUCCUCGCUGGCUGCAGGGAAGAAGACACGGGCGCGCUCUCUCCGUCGCGGGACCCCGUUUUCGAUGGAAGUGACGCGAGCGCGUGUUACUUGUCCGAGCCAAGCCGAACGCGAGCUGCCCCUGCCUCGUCCGAGAGCAUGUUCUCUUACGCGGGCCAGCACGGCCCGGCGCUCCCAGCGUUCUCCAUAGCAAGUCCAAGCCACUUUAUGACACAUCAUCCGGUCAUUGCUACCGGGCCGUACAGCGCUCUUCUGUCCAGCGCGCCCAGACAGGGCUAUCCCAGCGCGAGUUACCCUUACACGCAGCCGUACGGACACGCGUACCCGCUCUCCUCGGCGCAAACGGGGCUGGCGCCCGGGAAAGCGCAGGUGUAUCUCUGUAACCGGCCACUUUGGCUCAAAUUUCACCGGCACCAAACGGAGAUGAUUAUCACCAAACAAGGGCGACGGAUGUUUCCGUUUUUAAGUUUCAAUAUUUCUGGACUCCAGCCUUCGUCUCAUUAUAAUGUUUUUGUGGACGUUAUUGUGGCGGACCCAAACCACUGGCGGUUCCAAGGGGGGAAGUGGGUUCCGUGCGGCAAAGCGGACACUAAUGUUACGGGAAACAGAGUGUACAUGCACCCAGAUUCGCCCAACACCGGUGCGCACUGGAUGCGUCAGGAGAUUUCAUUUGGUAAACUGAAGUUAACGAACAACAAAGGGGCUUCAAACAACACUGGGCAGAUGGUGGUUCUUCAGUCGUUGCAUAAGUACCAGCCGCGAGUGCAUUUGGUCGAGGUGAGCGAGGAUGGCACAGAAGACUCGAGUCAGUCCGAGCGAGUUCCGACUUUCACGUUUCCUGAAACGCAGUUCAUAGCUGUCACUGCUUACCAGAACACAGACAUCACCCAGCUGAAAAUCGACCAUAAUCCAUUUGCUAAAGGAUUUCGUGAUAAUUAUGACACAGUUUACACUGGUUGUGACAGUGACCGACUGACUCCGUCGCCUGCUGACUCCCCGCGGUCUCACUUAAUACCCAGAUACGCCAUGGCAGCCUCUCUGUUCCAGGAUCAGUUUGUCACCAAUUACCCCAAACCCUGCUUCUCCAGCUCUGGACCAGGCCCGGGAGCCGAGCGAGCUCUUCCGUUCAGCAGCAGCAUGGUGACCUCGCAGCACGCCGAGGAGAGCGCUGCUUCCUCCGCUCAGAGAUGCUUAGUCAACAGGCUGGACUUCCCUGCGCCGUAUGACGCAGCGGGCGCCACCGACUUCACCGGCAACGCCGCGCUGCUCUCCUACACCAGCACCGGAGGGAAAGGGCUCCCUCUGCCCGGUACCGGUUAUUACACUCAUCAGGCGGGAUGGGAGUGCCAAAGUGCGCCGCAGUACUGCAGCAAAUCCGUCACGGGUCUCCCAGCGUGGCUCUCCGAGACUGGCUUCGAUGGAGGCGCAGAGAAGGACGCGAACGCUUUGGGGAUCCCGGAAAAUCCCAAAGACAAGGACCCGGCGGACGGCAGCUGGGAGGACACACCGUCGUCUAUUAAGUCCAUCGAUUCAAGCGACUCUGGGAUUUUUGAGCAGGUAAAACGGAAAAGGAUGUCGCCUCCCGUGACCCCUGCUUCAGAGGUGCCCUCUCCCCUAAAGACGGACCUACUGACCCCAAACGAGGGCGAGAGGUGCGGGGUCAGGAAUGGGAACUAUUUUAGCUUUUAUUCUCAAAGUUAAGGGAAGAUAUAUUGACUGGAGUUGUUUUUCCUUUUUUAUUCUUCUUCAUUUUUGUAAUGUCAGAGAGAUUUACCGUGACACUAUAAGGGCAAAUUUAUUAUCCUAUUUGAUAUUGAAACAUGUAGGAGUUUUGGCAUGCUUUUGUGGAGAACGUAAGUCGAAUCAUUAAGGAAAAUGUUGACCUGCUUAAAUAAAUGUAAUAUUAAAUUUAAUUAAUUAAUUUGAAUGUAAUUUGAAUUUCGAGAGAUAAAAGGACGUUUAGACAAAAGUAGUCACAUGUUAAAUAACUUAAAAACUAACAAAAUGUUUUAUCUUGAGUAGCCUACUUAGAAAUCUUAAUGGACGUGAUUAAAUUCUUAUUCAACAGUCUACUAUACCAAAACGUCUUAUAUAAAGUUGUGAAUUCCUCGUAUUGUCAUAAUUUAUUUGGCACAACAAUUUGUUCAGAAAACAACUUUAAAGCCCAAUCAGACUGACUAUGUUGUACGGAAUACGCAGUGCCACAGUUCUCCAAAUAAGUGGUUGUUGAAAAUUGGUUUUCUGAAUUGUGAAUUUUUGAGUGUGCUUUAUCGUGAAUUAAAAAACAACCAUAAAUGUUCAA